AUGGUCGAUGCAGCCCAGGCAAUCCAGGCUAUGUUUCUGGCCCUCCAUGAGGACACCCUUUCUAAUGAUGACUAUUACUACAUCAUACAUGAAUGCCUCCUUGGGAUCAAGAGAAGGAUCCUCAAAGUCAUGCCCAGGUCCAACCAGAAGUACCUUGACUUCGUCAGGAAUUCUAUAGUCUUCUUGGACACAUGGGAAACCAUAGUGCCUAAGAUUUCACAUGCAAGGGAUUUUAUGGAGAAAGACAUUAAGACUGAUGAGCAGGCCCAUUGGGUUGGGAACAUAGACAAAAACUCCAUCAAGAAGUUCUUUGGUGCCAUGCCCAAAUUUCAACCACCUGCUGCGAUCCCCAGAGACCCUAAGGACACACCCACUAAUGUCAAGCCAGUACCUAAGUCUCCCAGCCCCAUGGAUGAAGACCUUAAGGUGAUGCGAGAUGUUAAAGGGAAAGCAUGGGCCCACACUGAUGAGGAUUCUGCCUUGAAGAAGACCUCAGUGUCACAUAGAAGUUCUGGUCAGGAAUGA